UCUUCCCGUUGUUCCCAUCCUGUUAUAACAAAUGUACAUAUAGAGCACGACUUUGCACAGACGACAAGAGUUGGCAGUUGUGAGCAACUUUGCGUCCUGUCGAAUAUGAAGCUCUUCGUCGCGCUCUUGGCUGUCGGGCUGCCUGCCCUGGCCGCCGCCCACUCCUGGAUCGUCUGUACGGACUACCUGGAGAACAACGGCUGGUACUGGGACGAAGCCAAGUGUCGGGCCUGGCCGAGGUCUGCUCAUAGGUAUAACAUUCGUUUCGGCAACUUUGGGCAUCAUCGCGGGUUCCUGAACAAGCUGGACAACCACCCGGAGGAGACCGCGCUGUGCACACAUCCGCGGAACGACGACACCGAGUACACGGACCUAACCCCCAUGGCGGCGUACUACCUGGGGCAGAAGGUCGUCCUAACACACCCCUCAAACGGCCAUGUGGCAGACGUGAGGUGUAAGAACGACACCAACAUCGUUGACACCGAAAACAUCAUCUUCUCUGUGGACCAGGCCGAGCCGCAGGACCCCUGCUGUAUCGACUCGGACAAACUCCUCGUGGUGGAGGACUUGGGAAUAUCGCCGUUUGGGCCUGACAUCGACCCUGUAAUAACCAUCACCUACCCGAAACCCGGCUUCCAGAACGUGCCUAAGUUCUGCGAGCAUGAGAGGAAAUCCAUGGGGACCUACAACUUCACCAUUCCUAUGGACAUGAAGCCAGGUCGCCACACGUUCGUCUGGAAGUGGAUCCGGAGCCCUGCGGUCAGUCCCUUCACCACGUGUUGGGAGGCUGACGUGUUCGCCACUAAAGCGGAGAGGGACGCGCACUACCAGUCUACGGGCCAGACUACCGUAGACAUGUGGGACUUCUACCAGAUCAACACCAUUGUUAACGGAGAGAUCGUGGAUCCCAUAGACCCUGUGGACCCGAUCAUCAGUGGCUGAUCCUACAGCGGGAGAUAAUAAUUCAUGAUGUCCACGAAAUAAAUCUCAAUCUG